GCCGUUCAUAGCGGGCGACCAAUUCUGGCAGGACCAUCAACGCAACACUUCCGCCAUCCCAGAUUCCAUUCCAUGGCACAGCCACCGAUGUUUGCACUUAUCACAGGCUGCAGCAGUGGGAUCGGGAGAGACCUUGCAAUCGCAUUCGCAGCCAAGGGUGUUACUGUGCUCGCUACAGCACGAAGCGCUGAAUCCCUCAGCGACCUAACCAGCCAAUACGACAACAUCGAGUCCUUUUCCCUUGAGGCCUCCAAUCCAGACAGUAUUAACGAAUUAAAAGAGGCGGUAUCUGAACACACGGGUGGCCGGCUUGAUUUCCUGGUUAAUAACGCCGGAACGCACUACGCAUCCACCUCCUUAGACCUGGACAUCGAGGAGGUGGUCCACCUGUUCCAAGUUAACGUCUUUGCUGUUAUGCGCCUCUGUCAGGUCUUCGUGCCCUUACUCCGUCGAUCAGACCGCGCGCGCAUUGUGCAGAUCGGCAGUGUAACGCGCGAGCUGCCAAUCGUAUGGCAAGGGCCUUAUAACGCUUCCAAGGCUGCUCUAAGCCAGUAUUCAAAGACCCUCCGCCUGGAGAUGAUGCCGCUGGGGAUAGAGGUGAUCGAGAUUGUCACGGGCUUUGUACAAAGUAACAUCCUUCACCACGGGCUUCAAGCCCCAGGUUCAUCGCUCUAUCUUCCGAUAAAACGCAUUGUUGAGGAUAUAAAGUACCAAGGCAAUAAAAACGGCAUGUCCCCGCAUGCUUAUGCUACGUCCGUAGUCGCGAAACUUAUGCGGCCACGGGUCAGCGUGGAGAUCUGGGAAGGCGCUUUGACCAAAUUGAUUUAUCUUCUUAACUUCCUUCCGUUAUGGCUAUUGAAUUGGAUCCUCGUCCGCCGGUUUAAGCUUGACCUAGUAAAGGCGCGGCUACACCGUCGAUAA